AUGCUAUCGAAAUUCCUUGGUCAUGUUUUCUCCCGCCUUACGGAAUUGGAAAGCCUGCGGCUAGAAUCUACUUUCGAGAGCUGGAGAAUCCAACAGAUUGUCCAUCGUCCGGGAGACCUUUUCGGUCCUAUAAUCUCUCCCAACCUUCGAAGGAUUGAACUCAUAAGAAUGUGCGAGAGGUUCCCAAAACUCGACGCCCUCGCUCUCAUCCAAUGCUACCCAUGGACGUUACCAGUGGGAGAUCCGGGGGAAAAACUGCAGACAAAAGAAUUGGUCUACGAAACCAACCUACCCUGUCUCGACAAGGUCAUCGAUGCCAUCGCGCCUGGUUCGCUCCGCCACUUCCACUUCGCUUCCAACGUUGUUGCGGAUCGACUCAGGGCAAUUGAACUGUUGUCUGCAUCUGCCUCGAACCUGACUUCGUUCACAUAUGAGGUACCUGAAUGGUCCUCGGGUGGAAUCCAUACAAAGAAUACGGGAUUAUUUUUGCUCUGUGCAGGACAGAAUAUCCCGGUUUGGUCUUCCCUUGUGGCUCUGAAGACUUUCAAGUUCCAAAUAAACGCGUGUGACAUAGUCGACGACCUGGCCUACACCGGGACGCGGUACACCCCUCUUCACGGAUUCAUGGUCUCCUCUCUCAUCAGCGACGCCGUCGCCGCCAUCCCCAACCUGACAACUCUCGAGAUCAAGAUCGUGGCCAUGUGGAAUGUCUUACUUUGCCACCAACUGGACAAGGAGUGGAAGACGAUAGAAGAGUAUCUGCUUGGUCGCCCACUCCGUCAUCUUCAAAAACUCCGGCUUCAUUUGAGUAUGAUUAAGGAACUUUGGAGGGAGCAAGGAGGGUUGGACGAAGAGACGGUGGACGCGCAGGUGGGAGAGGCAGUGCAGGCAGCGUUUGGGAGGUUGUCGCAGGUGGGUGUUGCGGUGGAGGCGAAGCAUACAUUCGAGUGA